AGGAGGAAAGAGCCCGAAAGCGCGAGGUAGUCUUCCUUUUGCUUCGGCCUAGGGUUUCGAUUCGAAUCUGUGUCGUCCAAUCACUUGCUUCGCCUCUAUCGGCUGAAGAUCGCCGCAUCCGGGCGAUCUGGAACGCGCGUUCCAGAUAGCAAAUCGCAGGCCAACGAGCGAUUUUGGCAGCCCUGAAUCGGGCAGUACACUGGAAGCGAAGAGGGAGAUGAAUCGCGGAUACGUGGAUCGAGAGGUAAAAUGACUGGAGUGCCAUUUGGUCUUCGCACCGGGAGUUAUGGAUCGCUGCAGCAGUUAUCCAAUGGCGCAUUGCAGAACCAAGCUGCGCCAGUUCUCCUGCGAAAGCCUUCGAAGCUGGGCUUGUCUGGUUCCCGGGAGAAGGAAAAGUUUCUCCCUUUCAUCUGCCGGUACUUAGGUCGGAAGAGGGUCGCGAUGAUGCUCCUGGUCGCUCUCGCCCUCUUUGUUUUUGUCUUCGGUUCCUUUACGGUCAAUAAAGAAGGCAACGGUCCUAUAAUAGUUUCACAUACGGAGAGCAUGAUACCUUUCACCGAGAAGGCAUCCGGCCAUGCUGUUGUAAGGCAUUUCCCCGGGGUAGAAGAUAGACAAAAGCACAGAGGGUCCAUUGGACGGAAGACUGUACCCAGAAGUGGGCGAAGUAGAGCUCGAACUCCUCCGGUACCUGCUCAUUCACUUCGUCAGCGUGCUCGUCCUCAUCCUCUUUCUCACUCUGAUUUGACUUCAUCUAAUUCUGGCUUCACUGGUGCUGUCCCUGUGGGCCAUCAGUGCAAAAACUUUGCUUUUCCUCCGCCACCUCCUGCUGGUGCAAGACGGAUUGGACCCCGGCCAUGUCCAGUAUGUUACCUCCCUGUGGAGCAGGCAAUAGCUAGCAUGCCAAGUUCCCCAGCAAUAUCUCCGGUACUUCACAAACUCACAUAUGUUCAUGAUGAAAAUCCAGUCCAAUCUGAACAGUACGGAGGUUCAGAUUUUGGAGGAUAUCCAUCUCUAACGGAAAGGGAUGAUUCCUUCGAUAUAAAGGAGUCUAUGAGAGUGCAUUGUGGAUUCGUCAAAGGACAUAAGCCUGGUCGUCAAACCGGAUUUGAUAUUGAUGAAGCUGACUUGGAGGAGAUGGAGCAAUAUCAUGAUGUUAUUGUUGCAUCAGCUAUAUUUGGAAAUUAUGACAUAAUCCAACAACCUCGAAAUAUUAGCAAAGCUGCAAAGAACAAUAUUCCUUUCUUUAUGUUCAUUGAUGAAGAAACGGAGGCAUUCAUGCAAAAUUCUAGUGUGCUCAACAAUAGCAUGAGGGUUGGAUUGUGGAAAAUCAUAGUGGUUCACAACAUCCCUUAUGCUGAUGCGAGGCGUAAUGGAAAGGUCCCAAAGCUUCUAUUGCAUAGGAUCUUCCCUAACAUUCGCUAUUCCAUUUGGGUUGAUGGAAAGCUCCAGCUUGUUGUGGAUCCCUAUCAAAUUCUUGAGAGGUUCCUAUGGCGCGAAAAUGCAAGUUUUGCAAUUUCUAGACAUUAUAGGCGCUUUGAUGUCUUUGAAGAGGCUGAGGCUAAUAAAGCUGCUGGAAAGUACGACAAUGUCUCUAUUGAUUCUCAGAUAGAAUUUUAUAAAAGCGAGGGCUUAACUCCAUAUUCUUUAGCCAAGCUCCCUAUAACUAGCGAUGUUCCUGAGGGCUGUGUGAUCAUAAGGGAACAUAUUCCUAUUACAAAUCUGUUCACCUGUCUAUGGUUCAAUGAAGUCGAUAGAUUUACUGCCAGGGAUCAAUUGAGUUUUUCCACAGUGAGGGACAAGAUUAUGGCAAAAGCUAAUUGGUCCAUCAACAUGUUUAUGGAUUGUGAGAGGCGUAACUUUGUGAUUCAGGCAUACCACAGAGAUCUGCUGGAGCACAUGCCGCCUCCAGCAAGUCCCGCGAUACGAGCUCAACCGGCUUCCACCAUCAUCAAUACAUCUGGAAGAAGAGCUCCUGUGAAAAAGGGUAUUAGCAGCAAGCGUCCGAGGAGCGAUAGAAAGCCAGGCUCGAGGCGGCACCGGAAAGUCACUGCAGGCACUAGGGACAGAAGUUCCUUUUGAACUUCAUGUAUAUUCUGAUUCAUUC